AUGGCUAGUAUUACACCGAGUAUACAUCAAGAAGCAAUAAUACAAGACAAAAUUGUUCUGAGCCAAUCUACCACCUCUAAUGAAAACCGUGAUUAUAAUAAGGAACCCGGAAUCUCACUGGAACCUGAAAGCUCACUUUUUCAACAUGGCCAGGCUUACUCCUCUCUUGAAGUCUUCAAAUAUAUUGCUGAUCAAUAUGCCAGAACAAAUGGAUUUAAGAUGAUUCUCUACAAAGGCAACAAUCGUAGUGAUGGCGUGCGUUCCAUUCAAGUCUUUGCUUGUGAUUGCUAUGGUUUGUUCAAACCAAAGUCUAAAGAUCCCAAUAAAAAGAACAGAAAUGUAGAAUCGAAAAAAUGCAAUUGCCCGUGGUUUAUUCAUCUCAAUCAUAACCGAAAUGAUGAUAUAUAUUAUAUUUUACAAGCUAUUCUUCAUCAUAAUCAUUUAUUGAUUCCGGUCCAACUUAUGCGCAUCUCGUCUGCUAACCGUGAAAUACCA